AUGUUCCCCAGUGUGUCUGACACCAGUGUCGAUGUCCCCAGGGUGAACCACUGCCACCCCGGCAUCUCCAGGAGACUUUCCAAGACGAGCAGGCGUGCUGACAAUAAGAAGAAAUCUAAACGAUGGGGUUGGGUGAGUGCCUGGGAGAGGUCAGCCAGCAGGAAGGUCACCAAAGGGAGACAUAGUAUCCCCUGUGGGGAAGGCAGACGAAGAAAGCUGCCCUCGGAGUGCCAGGGGACGGUUCUUGAUUUCUUGGCAGCGGGCGGAAGGGACUUUUGUGCGGGGCAACAUCCAAAUGGCUCUGUGACCAUGACAAUCAGACCGAUCGAUUCAGCAGGGAAAAAUGCAGGAAAAUCUCUGAAAAGCCCAUCAGCCCACUUCUGCCUCCACAAGGAAAGCGCAGUGCUGGCCCCAGCACCAGCUCCACCCCGGGAAGAACCAAAUAAAGAGAAGGAGGCCAGAACUUCACCAGCAAAAGAUGAAGAGGAAGCCUCCCCGCCUAGUGCCCUGCCUCCAGGUUCGGGUAGCCGGGCCCUGCAAAGAAAAGAUUCAGAGUGGUCUGUUGGUGAGUCACCAUCAGGGGAGGAGCAGGAUAAGCAGAAUGCCAACAGUCAGCUGUCCACCCUGCUCGUGGAAAAGCCUCAAGGUGGAACAGUGAAAGUUGGUGAAAAUAUCACCUUUAUAGCCAAAGUCAAGGCCGAAGAUCUUCUUAGAAAGCCCACUAUCAAAUGGUUCAAAGGGAAAUGGAUGGACCUGGCCAGCAAAGCUGGGAAGCACCUCCAGCUGAAGGAAACCUUCGAAAGGCACAGUCGGGUGUACACAUUUGAGAUGCAGAUCAUCCAGGCUAAAGAGAACUAUGCAGGAAACUACAGAUGCGAGGUCACCUAUAAGGAUAAGUUUGACAGCUGUUCCUUCGAUCUUGAAGUACUUGAAUCUACUGGGACUACUCCAAACAUUGACAUCAGAUCUGCUUUCAAGAGAAGUGGAGAAGGUCAAGAGGAUGCAGGGGAACUUGACUUUAGUGGUCUCCUGAAACGUAGGGAGGUGAAACAGCAGGAAGAAGAACCUGAGAUAGACGUGUGGGAGCUGCUGAAGAAUGCGAAACCCAGCGAGUACGAGAAGAUCGCCUUCCAGUACGGCAUCACUGACCUGCGCGGGAUGCUCAAGCGGCUUAAGCGCAUGCGCAGAGUGGAGAAGAAGAGCGCAGCUUUUGCAAAAAUUCUCGAUCCUGCAUAUCAGGUUGAUAAAGGAGGCAGGGUAAGAUUUGCUGUGGAACUGGCAGAUCCAAAGUUGGAGGUGAAAUGGUAUAAAAAUGGUCAAGAGAUUCGACCCAGUACAAAAUACAUCUUUGAACAUAAAGGAUGCGAAAGAAUCAUGUUUAUCAAUAACUGUGUGCUAACAGAUGAUUCAGAGUAUUAUGUGACAGCUGGUGAUGACAAAUGCUCCACUGAGCUCUUUGUGAGAGAGCCUCCAGUUAUAGUGACCAAACAGCUGGAAGAUAGAAGAGCAUACUGUGGGGACAGAGUGGAAUUAGAAUGUGAGGUGUCUGAAGAUGAUGCCCAUGUAAAAUGGUUUAAGAAUGGUGAGGAAAUCAUCCCUGGUCCAAGAUCAAGACACUACAUUAAAGUUGAUGGCAAAAGACACAUUUUGGUCAUAGACGAAGCAACAAAGGCUGAUACUGCAGAAUAUUCUGUAAUGACAACAGGAGGACAGUCAGCUGCUAAACUUACCAUUGACUUAAAACCUCUGAAGAUAUUGACGCCUCUGACUGAUCAGACUGUAAAUCUUGGAAAAGAAAUCUGCUUGAAGUGUGAAAUAUCUGAAAACUUAUCAGGAAAAUGGACUAAAAAUGGCCUACCCAUUCAGGAGACUGAACAUCUAAAGAUUGUUCACAGGGGAAGAAUCCACAAAUUAGUGAUAGCCAAUGCUCUCGUUGAGGAUGAAGGUGAUUAUGUAUUUGCACCAGAUGCCUACUCUGUUACUUUGCCUGCCAGAGUUCAUGUUAUUGAUCCUCCCAAGAUCAUACUGGAUGGUCUUGAUGCUGACAAUACAGUGACAGUAAUUGCAGGAAACAAGCUUCGUCUCGAGAUUCCCAUCAGUGGAGAACCACCUCCUAAAGCCAUUUGGAGCCGAGCAGAUAAGGCUAUUACGGAGGGCAGUAGCCGGAUAAGAGCUGAAAAUUACCCUGACACCACCACUCUGGUUAUUGAUGUAGCAGAAAGAGAUGAUUCUGGUGUUUACCACAUAAAUCUGAAAAAUGAAGCUGGGGAAGCACAUGCAGCCAUCACAAUUAAAGUUGUGGAUGUCCCUGAUCCUCCAGUGGCACCGAAUGUGACAGAUGUGGGAGAUGAUUGGUGCAUCAUGCACUGGGACCCUCCUGUCUAUGAUGGAGGGUCCCCAAUCUUAGGUUACUUCAUUGAGAGGAAAAAGAAGCAAAGCUCCAGGUGGAUGAGGCUGAAUUUUGAUCUCUGCAAAGAAACAACCUUUGAGCCCAAGAAGAUGAUUGAAGGUGUGGCCUACGAGGUCCGCAUCUUUGCAGUCAAUUCCGUUGGCCUCUCCAAGCCCAGUAUGCCCUCCAAACCUUUUGUUCCAUUGGCUGUAACCAGCCCACCUACUCUUCUGGCUGUUGACUCUGUAACUGACACCACUGUCACAAUGAAGUGGCGGCCCCCCGACCAUAUUGGUGCAGCAGGUUUAGAUGGCUAUGUGCUAGAGUACUGCUUAGAAGGAAGUACAUCAGCAAAACAGUCUGGUGAAAAUGGGGAGGCUGCAUUUGAUAUACCAGAUGAAAACUGGGUAGUUGCAAACACAGAGCUGAUCGAGAAGACCAAGUUCACCAUCACAGGUCUGCCAACGGAUGCAAGGAUCUUUGUGCGCGUGAAAGCUGUGAAUGCCGCCGGUGCCAGCGAGCCCAAGUACUACUCUCAGCCCAUCCUUGUGAAAGAAGUCGUAGAGGCUCCAAAGAUUCGCAUCCCAAGGCACCUAAAGCAAACCUAUAUCCGCAGAGUUGGAGAAGCCAUCAAUCUGGUUAUACCUUUCCAGGGAAAACCAAGACCAGAAUUAACUUGGAAGAAAGAUGGUGCACCUAUUGACAAGAAUCAGAUCAACAUUCGCAACUCUGAGACCGAUACAAUCAUAUUUAUCAGAAAAGCAGAGAGGAGCCAUUCUGGGAAAUAUGAUCUGCAGGUCAAAGUGGAAAAAUACGUGGAAACUGCAUCCAUCGAUAUCCAGGUUGUUGACCGUCCGGGUCCACCCCAAGUUGUGAAGAUCAACGAUGUCUGGGGAGAGAAUGUUGCUCUAUCAUGGACCCCACCAAAGGAUGAUGGGAAUACUGCCAUCACAGGGUACACGAUCCAGAAGGCCGACAAGAAGAGCAUGGAGUGGUUCACUGUCAUCGAGCAUUAUCACCGAACCAGUGCCACCAUUACUGAACUGGUUAUCGGAAAUGAGUAUUACUUCCGGAUCUUUGCUGAAAACAUGUGCGGCCUCAGUGAGGAUGCUACAAUGACAAAAGAGAGUGCCGUGAUUGCCAAGGAUGGUAAAAUCUACAAAAAUCCAGUGUAUGAAGAGUUCAAUUUCACAGAGGCACCCAUGUUUACUCAGCCAUUGGUCAACACCUACGCCAUAGCUGGUUAUAAUGCCACCCUGAACUGCAGUGUGAGAGGAAAUCCUAAGCCCAAAAUUACCUGGAUGAAAAACAAAGUUGCUAUUGUGGAUGACCCAAGAUACAGGAUGUUUAGCAACCAGGGGGUCUGUACUCUGGAGAUUCGAAAGCCCAGCCCCUAUGAUGGAGGCACGUACAGCUGCAGAGCAGUCAAUGACCUUGGGACAGUGGAGAUUGAAUGCAAACUGGAGGUGAAAGUGAUAUAUCAAGGAGUAAGUUCCCCUGGACAACCAGUCUUCCUGGCGGGGCAGCAACAGAGGGGAGGGGCAGUCAGGAGCCGCGAGACAGAAACGAAGGCAGAAACAACCUCACCAGACAAGGAACUAAGGAAAGAGGAGACGGCAACGAGAAAAUCAACACUAGAAAGAAAAGAGCUCCUGCUUCGGUGCUUCGCGGGCAUUAUCUCUGUCACAGGUUCUGUCUACCUCGACAGCCCUCCUCUCUGCAGAAGAAAGGAGAACUUUGGACAGGAUGCAGGACCUCUCUUCGGGCCGACGGAUGGAGACCUCAUGCCGGUGACCCAAGACGAGCAAAAAUCAUGUUCUCACACAAUACCCUGCUCCCCACCCGGCUCUACAGGCUGCGGCGUCCUGCAGUGUGGCUAA